CCUCCUGUAUGGGGGGGCGGGAGGCGGGCAAGAUGGCGUCCGGCGAGUAAUUAGUCCCUGUUUCCUUCAGCGAACGCGGAGACUCCGGGGCGGGGGAGGGGGAUCGUGCGCCUGUCCAGACGCCCUUCUUUCCCUCCUUCGCCCCCCCCCCCCCAGAGUCUCCCUCGUUCCCCCCGCCCCCGCCUCCCUCGCUGUGCUUCCAGGGGCCGGUGGUGGUGUGGGGGGAGGAGGCGGGCCUGGGCCCCGGGACACCAUGUCGGACUCUGAGGACGAGAGCCAGGACCGGCAGCUCAAGAUCGUCGUGCUGGGGGACGGCACCUCCGGGAAGACUUCCUUAGCUACCUAUUUUGCUCAAGAGACCUUUGGGAAACAGUACAGACAAACCAUAGGACUGGAUUUCUUUUUGAAAAGGAUAACAUUGCCAGGAAACUUGAAUGUUACCCUCCAAGUUUGGGACAUAGGAGGACAGACAAUAGGAGGGAAGAUGUUGGAUAAAUAUAUCUAUGGAGCACAGGGGAUCAUCUUGGUCUAUGACAUCACAAAUUCUCAGAGUUUCGAGAAUUUAGAAGACUGGUAUACAGUGGUAAAGAAAGUGAGCGAGGAGUCAGAAACUCAGCCUCUGGUUGCCUUGGUGGGCAAUAAAAUUGAUUUGGAGCAUAUGCGGACAGUAAAAGCUGAAAAGCACUUGCGGUAUUGCCAGGAAAACGGUUUUAGCAGCUACUUUGUCUCAGCGAAGACAGGAGAUUCUGUCUUCCUGUGUUUUCAGAAAGUUGCUGCUGAAAUCCUUGGAAUCAAAUUAAACAAAGCAGAAAUAGAACAGUCACAGCAUAUUGUCAGGGCAGAAAUAGUGAAGUACCCGGAAGAAGAUAAUCAACAUUCCCCAUUCAACAAGAGUAGAAUCUGUUCAGUACAGUAGAGUGCAGCGAGUGGUGAAGGCAGAUAUCGUAAACUACAACCAGGAGCCCAUGUCAAGGAGCGCUAACCCUCCCAGAAGCUCCAUGUGCGCUGUCCAGUGAGCUGCAGGCUUCCUUGUGUGUGGAUAUCCGCCUGCCCUCCACCUCUGCGCUGCGGGCGGACGCAGGGGCCCGGAGGGGCUGGUCGCAUCAGAGGCAGAGUCUGCGGCCCAGUGCUCGCUCGCCUCCCUCCGCCCACCGCAGCCCAUGGCGCCUUGGACUGGGGGCGGUCCACCCCCCGGCACCACUCACCUGGAGAGCAGAAUGCAAAGCCCAUCUUCCGGAAGUGGACUGCUUCACUGAAAACGAAUAAUGGCUGCUCUUUAAGUUUUCACCUCUUUUUUUUUCUUCUUGAUGUACAUUUUUUUGAAAACUAGCCAAGUCUCAGUCACCACCCAGGAUUUUGCCACCAGCUCAAUUUUAUUUUUAUCUGAACUCAGACAUAGCAGAAUACACACACACACACACACACACAUAUACACACACACUUCAGAGUGACAACAUUUAAAUAAGUUAUAUAUUUUAUCUACAGAUACUUAAAAAGGCAUACUUUUGCUACUUACUGUGACUAGGACUCUGUAAAGCUUUGCGUAAGGGAAAACGCUUGAAAUAAAGCUGUAACAAAUAUUUACCCCCCUUUUUUUAAAGGACCCAAUUGAUUUAUAUUGUCGCUGUAGCUCUCAGACUUGUAUUUGAUAUUGUAUUUUUAUGACUGUAUCAUGCUCAGUGCGGAUUGUGUAAACUCAGGUUAGAUGGCUUCAUGAGCCUUGAGGAAGAAAUAAAUACCCAGCCCGUGCUACAUGGUGACAGCCUCCUACAAGCUGCGGAAGACCUCUCCCAGAUCAUUGUGCGUCAGAUUGUACCUGAUAUUCAGAGGCUCCCCCUCUCCCCCUAAAUAAAUCUAUUUAAAUUAA